AUGCCACUACGACUAGCCCCUGACGGUCCAAGAGUCAGAUUAACCUUUGGACAAUGUCUCUUUACCGGCAUGUUUGAAUGCCCAUGCACAACAGGCUCUGUUGUAGCAAACCUAAAAGACCUUGGCCCUGAUUCACACUGUGGAAACUGCGGUCACGCUGUGUCACUACAUCAAGAAGUCGACGAAUCUCCUUCUGGUACGCCCCAACCACUACUUACUCUUCCCUGGACAAAGCCAGAGACAGGCGACCUGUUACUCUUCUCGACUCCACCAGAACCGUCUAUUUCAUGCAAAACAGACCCUGCGAGCUCGCCGAUGAUCAGGCUGCAGCAGCAUCAUUCUGUUACUGGUGAAGCUUCUACCAGCCACCAAUUGCCCCGCAAUAUUUCUCUUAGACAAAAAUUGCACAGAACCGGAGUUGAUCAGUACCGGGACUCCUUUGUUGGAAACACGGGUCGUGGAUCUAACCCUCAAACUGGGACUAGGGGUUAUUCACCAUUCGAGACAGCUUCAGACCCACUGCCCCUGGUACAUGGUCUACAACCAGAUGAAUCCCAUGAUAUCGCCCCUUACAUUUGUCCUCGCACAGAGACCGUGUCUACUAUUGCCGGCAUAGUAAAGACACGCGGAGCUGUUCUGAUCUGGGGCUUACCGGGAUCUGGAAAAUCCACUCUGGGGCAGCUAGUGUUUGAACAUCUCAGCAAGCAAGACACGAAAGCAGUUUUUAUAAAUGACUGUCUAGCAACCAAAAACGGCAAACUGGAGGAAUCACUAGCAGAAUUUUGUCAGCCCAGUUACCCCGGCACGAGUUCCGAGGACGUCCUCAACGGUAACUUUGUCUUCAUCAUCGACGAAGCGCACAAGUCUCUACAAAAGCUGAAACGACUCAUAAAAAUUGCCAUCAAUACCGGAAAAGGGCCCAAGUUUUGCAUGUUGAGUGACCAAGGCGUCUGUGCAGACAGGAAUUCUGUUUUUGAAAUGCUACCGGAAAUCUCCUAUUUGGCGACACAUGGGGCUUGCGCAGACAAUGUUGGGAUUUUUUACUCGCACUCUGAGUUUGAACAAGUGGUUUCGAGCACUACCGCAAAAAAACUGGGGUACAGACUCAACGAAGAAGCUGCAAAUCACGUCUUUUCUUUGACAGCGGGCCAUCCCUUGAUAGUCGGUUCGAUCCUACGUUAUAUCGAUAUGCAUCAUACCGGACCAGUCACCCCUCGUCGUCAUCUUAAACGCUCGGUGUCUCUGGAAGGCGUGGUGGCAGUCCUGCACGACGAUACUCGCUUAUUUCAAUAUCUCGGUGAGAAGAUCUACCCCGGAACGUUUGCACGCCAGAGCAAUAUUGCCCUCAAGGUAUUUCAAAAAUUGCUCUCGGCUCCAGGGGGAAGAAUCAGCUGGAACGCGGAAUACACUACUACAGGGAAGUGCUUUGAGAAUGGUCUUGUCUGUCACGAGAUUGAUGCCAACGGGGAGGAUACUUUUAAGUUUCCGUCACCUCUACAUGAACGAUGGGCUAGAUGGUACCAUAUGAUCCAACCACGUGUGUACGAGGGCGAGUUGACACCAGUGUUUGAUCCAUAG